AUGGCUAAAUCUAACCUAGAAGCAGUUAAAAUAUUAAUUGAUUGUGUGAAAUAUUUAUCAAGACAAGAUAUAGCUUUUCGUGGGCAUGUCGAAGAAGAGGGCAACUUUUACCAGCUUGUACAAUUAUUAUCAAAGCACAAUCUAGUAUUAAAACAAUGGCUAAACGAUGUUCAUAAUCGUCCAUAUAAAAUCAUGGCCGAUUCAACACCCGACUCUAAUCGUCAAGAUAUGUUAACCAUAUUUGUUCAGUUUGCCGAUGACAAUUUAGAACCACAAGAACGUUUUGUAUCGAUUAAAGAACUACGUUUGAAAACCGGUGAUGGUAUUGCAAAUCAUAUUUUAGAAGUAUUAAAUGAACUUCAAUUAGAUCCUGAUCGGUUAGUUGCACAAUCCUAUGAUUAUGCAAAUAAUAUGAGUGGCCAACUCAAUGGUGUACAAGCAAAGAUUAGUGAUAAAUUACAACGCAAAAUUAAAUACAUUCCAUGCUCAGGACAUCGAUCGAAUACAGUCGUUAAGCAUGCAUGUGAAGCAAGUUUAGAUAUUAAUUGUUUAGUUGGAACAUUACAAAAUAUAUACAAUUUUUUUACAUUCGAGUACAAAAAGAUAACAUCAACAAUUAGAUGGGGUGGGAAAUAUCAAGCAUUAAAAGCUGUUUAUGAAUCUUUCCGUGAAAUUGUAGAAACAUUAGAUGAAAUAACUGACGAUAGUGAAAAUUUUGAUAAAGACACAAGAAACGAGGCUAAUUCCAUCAACACAAAUAUGAAAACAUUUAAUUUUAUUACAUAUCUAAUAUUUAUGAAAAAUCUAAUGUCUACAACAAACGCCAUCACAAAUCAUUUUCAAGGUGAAAAAUUGGAUUUAUUAACAACUGGUGAAUUAUUAGAUAGAACAACUAAAUUAUUAGAACGUGAACGAAACAAUGAUGAUAAUUUAAAUAAUUUAAUUACAAUGAGUGAAAAUAUGUCGAAAAGCUAUGAGAUUGAUCCUGAUAAGGAAUUCAAUUAUAAACAGCGUCGACGAAGACCACCAAAAAGAAUUGACGAAAAUCCACAAACAGCUCAUAAAUUUACAAGAUUACAGUAUUAUACAAACAGUUUUAGACAAGUGUUGGAUCGAUUAAUUUUACAAUAUAAAGAAGUGUUAUCAUCGAUUGAUAGUAAUUUAGAAUCAUUAUCAAAAUUAGCACCAGAAUAUAUUACAAAUUUAUCCCAACAAGAUGUUGUUAAUAUUUGUCAAAUGACUAAAACUGACGAUAGUAAUUUAUUGUAUGGAGAAAUUCAAUUAUUUAAAACAAAAAUAGCUAAAGAAUGCGUUACAAUUACAGAUGCAUCAUUAUUUAUCAGUCAACGGAAAUCAACAAUCCCAAGAUUAUAUCAGGCAUAUAGAUAUUUAUUAUCAAUUCCAGUCACAGUAGCAAGCAACGAGCGAAGUUUUUCCAAGGUGAAAAUAAUAAAAAACAGAUUACGAACAACUAUGGAUGAUGAAAGAUUACAAGCGUUAUUAUCAUGUUCAAUAGGAACAGUACUUGUAGAUGCUAUGAAUACUCAAGAAUUAGUAGAACGAUGGUCCAGAAAUAAAUCUGGUCGUAGAAUAUAG